AUGACCAUGGAGACUUGGGAAGCAUUUGUCGCUACACACCGUGAAAAGCAAGAGCAGGCCAUCCCAGAAUCAUGGAAACUAAGUCAAAAGAAGCUGGAUCAGAUUUCCGGCGCAGGAACACCACAAGAAGGUCACCUAAUUGAGUUGAAAGCCGCCCAGGCUUCCGGUCUCUUGAGUCAAAGAGAAAUGGAGAUCACUGAAUCCUUUACCGCCCGCGAGCUAUUGACAAAGAUGCGUUCCCAAUCAUUGAGAGCCCAAGACGUUGUCGUCGCGUUUUGUAAACGAGCAGCUAUUGCCCAGCAGCUAACCUCCUGCUUGACUGAGAUACUUUUUGACAAGGCCGUGGAGAGGGCUCGGUUCUUGGAUGCCCAGUUGACAGCCACAGGUAAGGUCAUAGGUCCUCUCCAUGGCCUGCCAAUUAGUUUGAAAGACAGCUUUCACGUCGAAGGGUAUCAUUCAACUGUUGGUUACGUUGAGUUCCUCAAACGACCGCUACCUCAGGGCAAUGCAGCCCUCGUCAAGCUACUCGAAGAUGCUGGAGCAAUUCUCUACUGCAAAACCAACGUCUCCCAGACGAUGAUGACUGCAGAUUCUGAGAACAACAUCUUUGGAAGAACCCUCAAUCCACACAACACAAGACUGACAGCUGGAGGCUCUACAGGAGGUGAAGGCGCACUCGUAGCAUUCCGUGGGUCAAUUCUUGGUGUUGGAACUGAUCUUGCUGGCUCCGUGCGCAUACCGGCACUUUGUUGCGGUAUAUAUGGUUUCAAGCCAACUGUUGAUCGCAUCCCAUUUGAAGGCCAAGCCCUUUCCCCGUUUCCUGUUCAGUGGAUCUCCAGCGUGAUGCCCGCCGCAGGUCCGUUAGCAACUUCUGUUGAUGACCUGUCCUUGUUCAUGGAAGUAGUCACAGGGUUACAGCCUUGGAAGUAUGACUCAUCAGCGGUGUUCAUCCCAUGGAGGUCCCUAGACUCUGAGCAUAAAGCACUUAUUAUCGGCAUCCUACCCGAAGACGAAGAAUAUCUCUUGCAUCCUCCGGUCCGCCGAAUACUUGCGAAAGCUAUUCACACCCUAGAGAAGGCUGGUCACAAACUGGUGCGUCUCCCAGCAGAUCCCCAUCGCAGUGUCAGUCUUGGUGCUAGGAUCGGGUACCAAUUCUUCGGGAUCGCAAGUCCAGAUCCCGCAGUGAUAGCCCAAAGCAUGGGUGAACCAUUUGUUGCAUCGGUUGCUAAAGGAAUGCACCCCUUUUCUGGUGGAGACUUUCCUGUCUCGCCUAAGCUGGAUAUCCCAACCCAAUUUCAUAAGCUCAAUGAAGCCCGAGGGGCAUACGGCGAGGCGUGGAAAGAGGCGUGGCGGGAAUAUGAGCUUGACGUAGUAAUAGCACCAGGGGCUGUAGGUACUGCCGUGCCUCACGACACUUAUGGCCUACCCGUUUAUACGGUUAUGUGGAAUGUCCUUGAUUAUCCGGCGGCAGUUAUCCCUUUCGGGUAUGCAUCGGCAUCAGAAGACCCUGAGCCCCAGACUUCGAACAUGGCGUUUGUGCCUGACUACGACGCCAAAUCGAAUCACGGUGCACCAGGAUCUAUUCAGAUAAUCUCUCCACGCUUUCGAGAUGAGGAAUGUUUGGAAGCUGCUCGGAUCAUUGACAAGGCUUUACGUUCUAUCUGA